CUGUUCUGUUGCGAGUUCCAGUUCGGUGGCCAGCCUGGGCCGUAUGAGACUCUGUUUCAAUUUACAACGAAACCAAGACAAAAGCAGCACAUGUGGGCGCUCCUCAUGAAGUCUCCCCUGUGGAAACAGGCGCUAGAAGAACUUAGUGUGUGCGGGGAAACAGUCAGAACCUGGACUAAGAAAGAAGCAGCGAGUCAGAUACAGCAGGUUUUAUUCUGAAAGUGUUUAGCAUUGCUGAAGUCAACAAAGCAGUGGAAACUGGAUCAGAGAAUGGCAAAUACCUAUGUCACUGCGUCUGAUGGGUAUUGUCUUGCUGAACCCGCACAGCAUUUCGAUAUUUUGCCAGAACAAAUCCACUACCAGCUGUGUGACACUGAUUUCCAAGACCCACCCUAUUGUCCGUAUUCUACUGCUCAGUUCCCUCCAGCUCUACAGCCCCCAUCUUUACAAAGCCAUUUCAGCACUUACUGCUUGGAUCCACACUACGGUGGUGGCGGUUGGAGUGGACUUGAUGCUCGUGAAUCGAGUCAGUCCACUUACGUGGUUGUUCACAAUGAGGAGGAUGGAUUCCCUGGCAUACAAAGGUCCAGACCAACGUGUUCUUUCCGCUGGAAGGGGCAGGAUGAGCUCUGCGUGGUCUGCGGUGAUAAGGCGUCUGGAUAUCACUACAACGCACUUACUUGUGAAGGCUGCAAAGGUUUUUUCCGCCGUAGCAUCACCAAAAAUGCAGUCUACAGUUGCAAGAAUGGCGGCCACUGUGAAAUGGAUAUGUACAUGCGUAGAAAAUGCCAAGAGUGCAGACUGAAAAAGUGCAAGGCAGUGGGGAUGUUGGCAGAAUGUUUGCUCACAGAGAUCCAGUGUAAGUCAAAGAGGCUUCGCAAGAACUUCAAGCAGAAGAUUGUCCCCUACUUGGACGUCCAAGGGGAAGAUGACGGAGCAGACAGCAAGUUUGUAUCAUCCACCACCAGAACUGGAAAAGGGGUUCAGGAAAGCAUGACACUAACUCAAGAGGAACAUCAUCUUAUGAAUACCAUAGUGACUGCUCACCAGCAAUCCACGGCCCCACUAGGGGAAACAAGUACGCUUCUGCAGGAGUAUUCCAACCCUGAACUAAGUUUUCUGAGACUCUCCGAGGCAGCAGUCCUGCACAUACAUAUGCUGGUGAAUUUUACCAAGGGACUCCCAGGAUUUGAAAAUUUAACCAGUGAGGAUCAGAGUGCAUUGCAGAAGGAGUCGAAGACUGAAGUGAUGUUCCUUCACGCAGCCCAGCUUUACAGCGGGAAAGAAUCAACCUCUGGAAGUACUAUGAGACCAUCAAAGCCCUCAGCUCCUACACGGAAAGCACAUAAUCAGGGCAGUGAUGAAAAUGUUUACUCUUUGGAAAACCUUUUCAAGGAAGGCGGUCCUUCUGCUACUCUAACUGGUAUUACUAAAGAAUUCAUUGCCUCACUGUCCUACUUCUACAGAAGAAUGAGAGAACUUAAUGUAACAGAUACUGAAUAUGCUCUGCUUACAGCGACAACAGUGCUUUUUUCAGAUCGUCCAUGUCUUAAAAAUAAGCAGCAUGUAGAAAAUUUACAAGAACCCGUUCUCCAGCUUUUGUUUAAGUAUUCGAAACUGUACCAUCCGGAAGAGCCCCAGCAUUUCGCCCGCCUCAUAGGGCGGCUUACUGAACUGAGAACUCUGAGUCACAGGCACUCGGAAGUCCUCAGCGCCUGGGAAACAAAGGACCCCAGACUGCUUGUGUUACUCUCUGAGAAAUGGAAUUUGCAUUCAUUUUACUGAAAUGGAGAACGUUGAGGUUUGUCUUAAAAUUUCAAAAUCAAAAUUGGAUGACUGAUUGGAAAAUCGUAAACCACUGUGUUACUACACUUCACUAUAAAAUGGAGAUCCUAAGGAUUCAUCAGGUUUUGUGGAAUUUUGGACUCUCAGUAGAGGAAGACUCUAGGAUUCUUCUCAAUGGAGCCAUGUGGAGGCACAUUCCCUGUAUUUGGGAGAUGGAGGCAAGAUCCUGAGUUUAAGGCCAUCCUGGGUUGGAUAGUAAGACCUCAUCUCAGAAGAAGAGAGAGAAGAACUGAUGGCCAUCGUUUCUUCAUGAGUCCUUUACCUAAGGAAACUAAUUGUUUUUAUUUAGCUGAAAAUAUCCAAUGUAUAAAUGUGAACAGAGGAUAGCUGUAUAGUUGUAUAAGGCAGGGUGUCUGCCUCAUUGAUUCAGGACACGCUGAUGGAAUAAGAAGCUGAUACUUAAACCUCUUCUUGUGAUGGCAUUUCAUGGAUGAUUAAAGAGGAAAAGAUCUUUUCAAAUUGUGUCUUUGUAUUUGUGAAGAAGUAUAUGCUAAUUAUACAAAAUAGUGAGUUCCGUUGAGAAAAUUUCAUAUAUAUAUGUAUAUAUAUACAUAUAUAUGUAUAUAAGAUAUUUCAGUUGUAUUUACCACCCACUGUGUACUCACCACACAGUGCUGAUGCCCUUCUUGUCCCCCCACUGUCCCCUUCUACUUCCAUGUCUUAAAACAAUAGAUUCACACAUGCAAGAAAACAUCUGACUCUAGUCUGAGUCUGGUUUAUUUCCCUGAACAUGAAGAUGUCCAUCUGUUUUUCUGCAAAUGACAUAGUUUCAUUCCUCUUAAGGACUGAAUUGUGCGUGUAUAUCUGUGUAUAUCACAUUUUAUUUAUCCACCCAUCUGCUGAUGGCACCUAGUUUGAUUCCAUAUCUUGGCUACUGUGACUAUUGCUGUAAUAAACAUAACUAUGCAGGUGUGACAAUUUUAUGUGGCUCUUGAUUUAGGUGUUUUCCCAGAAAUGGUAUAGAUUAUACAGUAGGUCUACUUUUAGAUUUGAAGGAAAUGAUACAGUGAUUUCCACAGUGACUACUUCUCAAUAGUGUAUAAAGAUUCCUUUUCCUUCAAAAUUCUUACCUACAGUUGUUUUUCCCUUUCCUUUUUUAAUUAAAAAAAAAAGUGUGUGUGUGUGUACCAAACACAUUUGUGAACAUCAGAGGAUAGCUCUGUGGAGUGUGUUCUCUCCUUCCACUUUUACGUGUGUUCCAUGGAUUGUCAGGCUUAGACACAAGAGCCUUUAUCUGUAGACCCGUCUCACCCCACCCCAUCCUGCCGUACCCUGUGUGGCUUGGUGUGGAGGCUGAAAAAUGCAGGCCCAUUUCUACCUUGUCUGCUGUUUGGAGACUGACAAGCAUGGUUGCACAUCCCAACUCAGGAGGUGAUUGCCUGAUUCUUUUGAAAUUAAGAUAGUUCAUUGGUCAGCAUAUGCAAAUGUUCUUCUGCUCCUUCUUUUGUAACUAUGAGGUCACCUGGAGAGGGGCAGUCUUCAGAAUACCUGACCCAGGUCUGGAGAUGGCUCAGCUUUUAAGAGCACUGACUGCUCUUCUAGAGGACCCAGGUUCAAUUCCCAGCACCCACAUGGCAGCUCACAACUGUCUGAAGAUCCAAUUCCAGGGGAUCUGACACCUUCACACCAAUGCACAUAAAAUAAAGUUAAAUAAACCAUAAAAAAUUUUUUCAAAAAGAAAGAAAAAGAAAAAAAAAAGAAUACCUGACCCAGAGCGCCUUUGCAACCUAGAAAACAGAAUGCUAAAGAUUUGAUGUCUCAGAGUGAUAAAGCGAUUGACUGUGUGAGUUAUCCUGUGUGUCAUGUUAAUAAAGUCUUUUGUUACC